AUGGAUUCAUCUCCCAAGGGAAACUCAGCAUGUGCGCAACAACAACAGAAGAUGGAGAUUCAGAACAGCCACAACGAGAAGCUUGUUGGUCUGCUUCACGAAACUGGGUCAAGAGAAGUUGUGGUCUUAUGCCACGGAUUCAAAUCUGACAAGAACAACACAAUCCUCAAGAAUGUGGCUGCUGCCAUAGAGAAAGAAGGAAUCAGCUCUUUUCGUUUUGAUUUCUCUGGAAACGGAGAGAGCGAAGGAGGUUUCAACUAUGGUAACUACAAGUACGAAGCUGAUGAUCUACACUCCGUCAUCCAACACUUCUCUAACACCAAUCGCGUCGUUACUACGAUUAUCGGACACAGUAGAGGAGGUAACGUGGUGCUCCUCUACGCCUCCAAGUAUUGCAAUGAUGGUAACGUCCGCAAUAUAAUCAGUAUAUCUGGACGUUAUGAUCUGAAGAAAGGAAUACGUCUUGGAGAUGGGUAG